AUGAAGACUGCCUUCGCCCUCGCCCUCUUGGCCGCCAUCGCGCGGCCAGCAACUUCUCUCACUCUUCGACGCGAGAAUUCCACGACCAGCGCGAAUUCUAUGUCGUGGAUGGGAACUAAUCUGUACUAUCUGCAAGGCCUCUCUGACUCGGACCAGGAUGCCUACAUCGGUCAGAUGGCCGCGGAUGGAGCAAAAGUGGUGCGGGUCUGGGUCAAUGCCCAAAACGAAGGAGCCUGCCAGAAGGGAAGCCGGAUCGCCGUCACCGUGCCUCCUCUUGAGUCCACCAUCGGAAAAUACAAUGAUAAGACUCUGGACGCACUCGACAAGGUGAUAGUGAAGCUGAGCAAAAACGGAAUCAAGGCUUUGAUCUCCCCGCACGAUGCCAACUCUCUUUUGGGUGACUACCGAAAGGAUGUUUACUAUGAUACCUGGGGUUCCGGAUACUUCUACGAAAAACAGGAAGCAUUCGACGCUUACGAUGCUCGCUUGACCCAUAUACUCAAUUACAAGGGCGCGACAUCGGGCAAAGUAUGGAAAGAGUGGAGCGAGGCCAUCAUGGGCUUCAACCUGCAGAACGAGCCCAUGUCGCCCAAGCUGUCCGAAUGCACCGGCGGCGACACGCACGGCUGGAUCUGCGGCCGGGCGACGCACAUGCGCAAGGAGCUCGGCCAGAACAACCCCAUCAUCGUCACCUCGGGCGGCAUCGGCGGCGACUUCAGCCACGGCUGCACCUUCAUCGAGGCCGCGACGAAGUGCGCGGCGCUCGACGCCAUCGCGGUCCACCGGUACGCAUCGGUCCCCGGCAACUGGGCGUCCAGCGCCAAGGACUGGGUCAAGCAGGCCGGCGGCAAGCUGGUCUACCUGGAGGAGUGGGGCAUCAACGCGGCCAAGUACGACCGGAGCAAGACCUUCCCCAGUGAGGCGGCCGACAUGGACUCGGUCGGCUUUCCGAGCUUGUACUGGCAGAUCAUCCUGCCUGAUGUCAAGGGGUGCGAGUACGACCCGGCCAAGGAUUCCGGUGAUCAUUUCGGGAUCGUGUAUGACUCUGGAGUUGAUAUCUCCGGCCCUAUGCACAAGGCUGCUCAGACCCCUGCCCUUCAGGACUGGGCAGGCAUCGUUUAA